UGAAAAGCCAAACAGGAAUCUGCAUUUUAAGGACGUGACUUUGACCGAAAGCAUCAGCUGUGCGCCUCACUUGACUGGAAGAAGCAGUGGAGCGCAGCAGCGCGCAGAGCAUGUAGCCGAAACUACACCAGACUGUGGAGUUGAAGUUUUCUUUUGUUUUGUUUUGGUUUUUUUUCUUUAUCCGGAGUGUUUUAUUCCAUCUGUGGGGAAAAAAUAAACAUUUAAAGCUGCUCUUCGACAUUAUUAUUUGCUGGGAGCUAAAUGACAAGGAGGUAGCGACACAGAAGCACUCAGUGAUUUAAACAGGGGAAACCAUGGAGAGCAAGGGAUUACUUCGCUGUAAGAUUGUGGUUGUCGGGGACAGCAAGUGUGGCAAGACGGCUCUCCUUCACGUUUUUGCCAAAGACUCGUACCCAGAGAAUUACGUUCCCACGGUGUUUGAGAAUUACACGGCUAGCUUCGAGAUUGAGAAGCAGAGGAUCGAGCUCAACAUGUGGGACACAUCAGGUUCAGCUUACUAUGACAAUGUGCGGCCGUUAGCUUAUCCUGACUCAGAUGCUGUGCUCAUCUGUUUUGACAUCAGUCGACCGGAGACGCUGGACAGCGUACUGAAAAAGUGGCAAGGUGAAGCACAGGAGUUCUGCCCCAAUGCCAAAGUGGUGCUUGUCGGCUGCAAGUUGGACAUGAGGACAGACCUCAACGUCAUGAGAGAGCUUUCCAAACACAGACUCAUUCCUGUCACACAUGAGCAGGGAACCACUUUGGCGAGGCAGAUUGGCGCCGUGGCCUAUGCAGAGUGCACCUCAAAGUAUUCGGAGAACAGCGUCCGCGAUGUAUUUCACGUCACCACCCUGGCAUCUGUGUCCAACAUUCAUCGGCCUCAGCUCAAACACGCCGGAUCACGUCACGGCCUCAAGAGGGUUUCCCAGCAGCCACCUCGGACUGAGAUUCACGAGCGUCCGCCUGCCAUUAGAAAGGACCGAGCCAAAAGCUGUGUGCUCAUGUAGGACCAGAACCUACCUGCUGCCUGAUCUGUGUGUGUGAGAGUGUGCGUGUGUGUGCUGACGGACCAUGCCACACAUGAACUUAACUUAUUGGUGAAUUGUUGUCAGAUUCUUUGCACUGCAUAAAGGACGAUGUGAUAAAAACGAGAGCGAAUGCUAUCCUGAGGAGGUCUUUGAAGGGUUGUUUGUCCAUUUUUAGCAAAGCUCUGCUUCUUACUUUUCUUUGUGGCUGUGCGCUCAUCAGGGGAGGACAUUGUAGCGGCAAAAGCAAUUUUCUUUAACGCUUGCACCUGAACAAGUGGACAAAAAAACAGAUAAAUUAAAAACAAGACAGAAAAUAGUGCAUAGGGAGAUGAAAAGGAAAAAAAUAUAUAUUCGAAAGAUCGUCUUGCAGGAAGCAACGGUAACCGUGCUGGUGUUGACCUCUAUUAUAGUUGUUUCCUGUUUUGAAAUGCUCCUCUGUCUUCAAGUGUUUAAGCAAAUGAAGCACAAUACGAUGCACGCAAACCGUUCUGAGAAGUCUGUAAAUGUCAGGGAAUGAUCUCUGCUCUCCCCGCUGCGCAUAACAAAUUAAAAAUGAAAAUCUGGACUCGUGGGCUGAGAUGACACUAAUUUUCUUAAACCACAAGUGCUUUUAAUAUUGAAAAACGAAAUAAUCACUCACCACAUAAUAUUGUUGUGCUGUGUAAUUACUAUUGUUCAAAUAAUCAACACUGGAAAGGAACGUCACAGAGGGCGUUGAGAUGAAUAUUAUGUUGUACGUGUGAUAAUGAAAUAAAAAAAAAUCGUCUCUGCUAA